AUGGUAAAAGAUGGCCAUGAGGUGGAUUUCCUCUGUUAUUUCACUAUCCUGGAUGACCUUAAGGCAUGUGGCUUUAACAUUCUUGAUGGAGAUAAGUUCUAUUAUCUUAAACCAAGAACUCCUAUUAGUGACUUGAAUGGGCUUGUACGUGUGAAUGAUGAUGAUGAUGUUUCAUCCAUGCUGUCCUCUUAUAAGAAACACAUGCUAUCUACAUUUGAGAUAUACACAUUGUCAAGAAAACAUGAUAUUUUGCCAAAUGAAAGCAUGGGAGAAGAGAUUCCUCUGGACAGUGAUCCCCAUGAUCCAAUUCAGCCAUCAACUGUACAAGAACCGGAGCUUAAUCCCUCAGAAGGUUCGCAUUUGAAGAAAAAGAAAACGCGAGGACCCACACGAUGUAUGAAAAUUAUUGAGUUAGAGGAAGGAAGAAAGCUGCCAGUAGAUUUUGAUGAAGAUCAUCAAGCAAUUGGAGAAAACGCAACAAGUUUUGUUUGGUUCUUGGGAGUAACGGUUCGAAAUCGAUCAUGUUGUCCUUUACAAGUGAAAAGAUGGAAGGAUAUUAGUAAUGAUGCUAUCGAGCAUAUGUGGGCAAUUGUACAGGAGAAGUUUACAUUUGAAUUACCAAUGGGAAGGAUGGAAGCAAUCAUCGGUCACAUGAAUGCAUUAUAUCCGGAUCAUAGGCAAAAGUUGAAGCAGAAAUAUUUCAACAAGAAACAUAGUUACAAAAGUCGCUUGAAGAAUAGGCCAAAAAGAGUCUCAAAAGAUGAUUGGAAGUAUCUCGUUAACUUAUGGAGCGAUCCAACUUUCCAGGAAAGGAGUUUGAAAAAUAAAGAGAACAGAUCAAAACGUUCAAUGCAACGCUACACAAGCACAAAAAGUCUUGCUCGACUUAGACACCAAAUGAAAAAACAAAAUGGAACUGUUCCUUCUCGUGUUGAGGUUUGGAUUGAAUCACGUAAGAGAAAGAAAGGAAAGGCUAUAGACCCUGACUCCCAAGAUGUGAUUUCUCAACUUGAUUAA